AUGACCUCUAAUGGUCUGCGGAGCGAGAACUACAGCGAUGAUAACUUAACGGACGACGAGAGUUCGCCGCUCACAGAAAAUAUUUAUAGUGGAAGCACGAGGACAGUACAAGAAACGAAAGGAUGGGAUGUCUUCAGGGACCCUCCUACCAAGGAGAUCUCGGGUUCCAUGGCGAACCAAAAAUGUCUAGAGAUAUCCGUCAAGAUACUGAAAGUCUUUGCGUAUUUGAUCACCUUUCUCAUAGUCCUGGGAUCCGGAGUGAUAGCCAAAGGAACUCUUUUAUUUAUGACUUCGCAACUUAGGGUAGAUAAAGUAAUCCAAUAUUGUAAUAAAGAUUUAGGUAGAGAAAAACAAUUUGUAGUGAAAUUACCAACAGCCGAACGAGUGGUAUGGAUGUGGUGUCUCUUCUUCGUCUUUUGCAUACCACAAUUAGGUGUGUUAUUUCGAUCCACCAGAAUGUGUUAUUUCAAGUCGUCGAAAAAGCCUUAUUUCGCCCAUUUUCUAAUAUUUUUUCUAAUGGAGACCGCCCAAACGAUAGGCUUGGCGAUAUUAGUGUUCCACGUACUGCCUGAUAUAGAUGUAGUUAAAGGCGCCAUGUUGACUAACUGCCUCUGCUUUGCACCAGCUGUUUUAGGUUUACUGUCUAGAAAUAACAAAGAAUCCCAGCGUUUCAUCAAAGUCAUCAUUGAUCUCAUCGCAAUUUCAGCCCAGGCCACCGGAUUCAUAGUGUGGCCUAUCAUGGAAGGCCGACCAGACCUUUGGAUCAUCCCGGUUUCCAUUUUUCUUGUAUCGUUGGGAUGGUGGGAGAACUACAUUUCCAAACACUCACCGCUGCCUUUUAUCAAGAAACUCGGAAAGAUUAGGGAUCAGUUCGACCAGACGCGGUACUUCACUUACAUGUUCCUGUCCAUGUGGAAGAUCAUUUGCUUUUUCAUUACUAUUUUGUUCGUGAUAUUGGCAAGGGAAGGAGAAGUUGGUUUCUUUUUUACGGAGUUUUCAGAAGGAUGGGCCGCUCAUCCAAUAACUAUAUUGGAGAUUAAACCAUACUUGGGAGGAACAUCACUUCCAGAUAUCUCGGAAAUAAUUCCAACAGGAGACGAUACUGUCAUACAAUCCAACGACUGGACUCCCAUCUACGUUCUAAUGAUCAACGUCAGCGCUUCUUAUUUAGCUUACAUCUUUGGAAAAUUCGCGUGCAAAAUCAUGAUACAAGGCUUCUCCUAUGCUUUCCCGGUUAAUCUUACCAUACCUGUGUCAAUAUCUCUAUUGAUAACAGCUUGUGGUCUACGUAACGGAGAUCCUUGCUUCUUUCAUGAAACCGUCCCAGAUUAUUUAUUUUUUGAGUCUCCACCAGCAGUUUUUCUAAAUGAUUUCAUUUCACAUCAACACGCUUGGAUCUGGCUGCUGUGGCUGCUGUCUCAAACGUGGAUCACCAUUCAUAUUUGGACACCAAAGUGUGAACGUCUUGCGAGAACUGAAAAAUUACAAGUAGUGCCAAUGUACGACGGUUUGCUAGUGGACCAAAGUUUAGGACUCAACAGAAAACGAGACGACGAAUCCGAUGUGAAACCAGAAGAAUUGGACGAAAUUCAGAAGGAAAAAGCUGAUGAAUACUACGAAACGAUUUCGAAUCACACAGACGGAUCCUCACCGAAAAUCAUAAAAAAUACCGACAACAUCACUAGGAUUUACGCAUGCGCUACUAUGUGGCACGAAACGAAAGACGAGAUGAUAGAAUUUUUAAAGUCGAUUUUGAGGCUUGACGAAGAUCAGUCUGCUAGAAGGGUGGCUCAGAAAUAUUUGAGAGUUGUCGAUCCUGAUUAUUAUGAGUUCGAAACUCAUAUUUUCUUCGAUGACGCGUUCGAACUCUCCGACCAUAGCGAUGACGAAACUCAAGUGAACAGAUUCGUAAAAUUACUCGUAGCUACCAUAGAUGAAGCUGCUUCCGAUGUCCAUCAGACUCAUAUUCGUAUUAGACCUCCCAAGAAAAUACCCACCCCAUACGGGGGCAGACUGAUUUGGCAAUUGCCAGGCAAGACCAAAAUGAUAGCUCAUUUGAAGGAUAAGAUGAAGAUCAGGCACAGGAAAAGAUGGUCGCAGGUUAUGUAUAUGUACUACCUCCUUGGACACAGGCUCAUGGAACUGCCAAUUUCUGUUGACAGAAAAGCAACAAUAGCAGAAAAUACGUAUUUACUAACAUUGGACGGUGAUAUCGAUUUUCAACCAUCAGCUGUGUUGCUUCUCGUGGAUUUAAUGAAGAAAAACAGAAACCUUGGAGCUGCUUGUGGACGUAUCCAUCCUGUUGGGUCAGGACCGAUGGUCUGGUAUCAACUGUUCGAGUAUGCUAUCGGGCAUUGGAUGCAGAAAGCCACCGAGCACGUAAUUGGCUGCGUCCUCUGUAGUCCAGGAUGUUUUUCGCUCUUUAGGGGGAAGGCUCUUAUGGACGACAACGUAAUGAAGAAAUAUACCACAUGUUCGGGUGAAGCAAGACACUACGUCCAAUACGAUCAAGGAGAAGAUCGUUGGCUGUGCACUCUGCUCCUCCAAAGAGGCUACCGAGUAGAAUACUCAGCUGCCUCUGACGCGUACACCCACGCUCCAGAAGGUUUCAAUGAAUUCUUCAAUCAAAGACGCAGAUGGGUACCUUCUACCAUAGCAAACAUCAUGGACCUUCUUAUGGACUCUAAAAAAACCAUUCAAGUCAACGAUAACAUCUCGAUGCCGUACAUCGGGUACCAAAUUCUGCUUAUGGGUGGUACCAUCCUGGGUCCCGGUACUAUAUUCCUUAUGUUGGUGGGGGCCUUCGUGGCGGCUUUCCAAAUCGACAAUUGGACCAGUUUCUACUACAACAUUUGGCCUAUUUUGUUGUUCAUGUUUAUUUGUUUCACCUGUAAAUCUAAUAUCCAGUUGAUCGUCGCACAAAUUCUGUCCACGGGCUACGCUUUAAUUAUGAUGGCUGUGAUAGUAGGUACUGCCCUACAAUUAAGAGAGGACGGUAUUGGAUCUCCAUCAGCUAUAUUUCUGAUUGCGAUGACGGGGUCAUUUAUGAUAGCCGCCAUUUUACAUCCGCAAGAAUUCUGGUGCAUAGUUCCAGGAAUCAUUUAUUUACUGUCCAUUCCAUCUAUGUACUUGCUACUGAUCCUCUACUCCAUCAUCAAUCUCAACAACGUUUCGUGGGGUACCAGAGAAGUGGCUGUGAAGAAGACCAAAAAGGAACUCGAGGAAGAACGAAAGCAAGCCGAAGAAGCUAAGAAGAAGGCCAAGCAAAAAUCGUUGCUAGGAUUUCUCCAAAACGGCGGUGAAAAUAACGACGAUGAAGGAAGCAUAGAAAUAUCUUUAGCGGGACUCUUCAGGUGUAUGUUGUGUACUCAUCAAAAAGCUGGCGACGAAAAGGCCCAACUCAUUCACAUCGGCGAUUCAUUGGAUAGUUUGGGCAAGAGAUUGGAUCAUAUUGAGAGGGUAAUAGACCCAUCUGGACAUCAUUCGAGGAAGCGAAGCAUGUCAUCAUCCUCCCGUCAUGGCGACCAUCUGAAACCUGUCAAUGAAGAAGCAGAAGAUUCCACUGAUGAUUCAGAUGACGAUACAGCAUCGUUAACGCCAAAGAACAAACGCGACGAGUUGGUCAAUCCAUAUUGGAUUGAAGAUCCAGACGUAGGAAAAGGGGAGGUCGAAUAUUUGAAUAGCCACGAAUUACAAUUCUGGAGAGAUUUGCUAGAAAAGUAUUUGUAUCCACUUGACGAAAACAAAGAGGAGAAGGACCGAAUAGCAGCAGAUCUGAAGGAAUUAAGAGACCAAUCGGUGUUCGCUUUUUUUAUGCUGAACGCUCUAUUUGUUUUAAUUGUAUUUUUGCUGACCCUGAAAAAAGACUACCUCCAUAUCAAGUGGCCAUUCGGAGUGCGAACUAAUAUCACUUACGACGAAUCAACACAAGAGGUGCACAUUUCAAAAGAAUAUCUACAGCUUGAACCCAUUGGAUUGGUUUUCGUAUUCUUCUUUGCCCUGAUUAUCGUUAUCCAAUUUGUUGCUAUGUUGUUCCAUAGAUUUGGAACGCUAGCUCAUAUAUUGGCGUCCACAGAACUCAACUGGUCGUGUACAAAGAAAAAAGAAGAAAUGUCUCCCAACGCCUUGUUGGAUAAACAAGCAGUGGAGAUCGUCAAACAGCUACAGCGAUUACAAGGUAUUGACGGUGAUUACGACAAUGAUUCUGGAUCUGGACCAGACAGAAUCGGUAGAAGGAAGACCAUACACAAUAUCGAAAAGGCUGCCCAAAAGAAACGACAAAUAGGAACUCUAGAUGUCGCUUUCAAGAAGAGAUUCGCCAAACUCAACGCCAACCCAGGCGCAGGUACACCGGUCCUAAACAGAAGAAUGACAAUGCGGCAGGAAACGAUGAAGGCUCUAGAAGUCAGAAUAAAUUCCGUAAUGGCCGAAAGAAGAAAAUCACACAUGCAAACCCUAGGAGCUAAAAACGAGUUCAAUGCUACUACCAAUAAUAAUGUUCAAAGGACUCACAGAAGCAGCGUGGCGAGUAGUAUACCUGCUAAAGAGAUCUUCGAAAAUGGACACGUGAACAAAGCAUUCGUGGAAGAGGAAAUAUACGGAAGCAGGAAUUCUCUACCGAUGCAUACCAGAAGCAGUAACGCCAGUUGGAUGGGUAACAACAGCAGGAUGUGA